UACCUUGACUCCCCGCUGUCUGAGUGAAUCUGCCUCGAUCUUGUCUGUCUGUGUCUUGCCAGUCGCGUCCUUCGUCGACCGUCCUGCCAGCUUGCCGGUGAGCGUCGAGUACGCGAGUCGAGUGUUGAUCAGCCGUCACUGAGAGCGAGUAGAGAGCGUACUGGAGAAAGAUCACAGGCGCAUGUCACAGCAGAUCAGACACGAAUUCUACCAACAAGACCAGCAGGUCGUCGUCUCCAUCUUCAUCCGCAAUGUCAAGCCCGACGAGCUCACGGUUGACUUUGACUCUCGCUCCGUCAAGGUGACUAUCGACAGAGAGGAGCCCGUCCUCUUUGUACUCGACCCUCUUGCGCAUGAGAUCGUGCCCGACCAGUCGACUUUUCGUGCGAUUGCGCCGAAGAUUGAGCUCACCCUUUUCAAGAAGGAGCUUGGCUUGAAGUGGCUCAAGCUUCAAGGCGCACCAGAUGAGGCUGCCAUUGCUCCAACAGUGACCGCAGUCAAGCCAAACGCUUACCCUACGUCGGCUAAAUCAAAGACCAACUGGGACAAAGUCGCUAAAGAGGCCGCAGCGGCAGAGGAAUCUGAGCUCACAGAUCAGUCGGAUCCCAACGCGACGGGCGACAAGCAACUGAAUGCGCUCUUUGCAAAGAUCUACGAGGGUGCGACGGACGAGCAAAAGAUGGCCAUGAAGAAGUCCUUUACCGAAUCCAAUGGCACCUCCCUCUCGACCAACUGGGACGAAGUCAAGGCUGCGCCCAUGAAGACGCUCCCACCUGAUGGCAUGAUUGCACGCAAGUGGGAUGAAUGAACGAUCAAGCUUGCUCUGCUGCGCCUUGCCCUUCCUUGUUGGCUCGGGGCUCCGCAGUGCUAUCUGGCAUGGUAGUGAUCUGCCUGUCUGUCUGUUGUACAUCUUUGCAGUUCCGCCACGCCAUGCGGCCCAUGUCAUGACGAAGC